CGCAGAAGGCAGCAGAAAACUGCGCGUGACUCCAAAAAGACACGUUAUUCGAAUCCACAUCUAGCUGACGAAAAAACUACAAUAAGACUGUUGAAGAAGAAGAAGUCAAUUUUGGAAGACCAACAGUCCCAAGAAAGGGGGAAGCACACGAGUAUGAUUGUCUUGCCAAGCUUGUCGCGGUCUGAAAGAAGUGGUACCUGCAGGUCAGCUGCAUAUGACAAGAUCAUGGCUCGUUUGGAGUUGCUGGGAGAAGAGGGGAAGUGGCAAGAGUUUGAUGUCUUCGCUGGACAGCUGGUGAACCACUUCGGAUCCAGAGAUAACGAUCUGAAGCUGGUCGUUGUAUUGGAUCAAGCUUUGGCAGAGUACUAUAAAUACAACUUGGCCGGUGCUGUCUCCAUCACCAAACACGCCUUGCAUACAUUGAAAAAAGAAAGGACAGAGAACACGGAGAUGCUGGUAGGAAGGGCCUACUACCUGUUGUCUGACGUCUAUCAGAAAGACAGAAAGUAUGGACUCGCAGAAAAAUACAUGGAUCUGGCGAAACUGGUUCUGUCGAACUUUGAGAUUGGAGAGGACACCGGUGAGACCUACUACAACAAAGCAUCAUUACAUGCUGCCAUUAUUGGCCAAUCAUAGUUCUCCUCCGAGCAGCUUAUUUAACGAGGUUCGAGAAAAUCUGGAACUGGCUAUUUGCCAUUGGAGACAAGACACGUCGUCAUGCCCAGCACACCAGAGAAGAGCACACAUCAAACUAGCAGCCGUCUUGUUAGACUGCGCUUCCCCGCAAGGGAGGGGGCGAAAUGCCUGUCCACAAAACAUUGAAGCCGCUCGUAGGAGCAUAAACAUUGUGCGAACAGAAUUCUGGGAAGGAAUGCCAAAACGUAGUCGAUGUCGUUUCCUCCUCACAGAGUCUGACUUGUACUUUCGUCAGAAAAGUUACGUUUUGGCAAACGAGAAGGCUUCGGAAGCACGGGGAUUAGCCAAAAGCUGUAAAUUUAACAUAGAGGUAGACAUGGCAGAGAAGAGGCUGGAACAUUUGGCUGCUGUUUAUCAUUCCUUGCCAACUUGUGGUACUGAUAAAGUGUUACAGGAUGUUAUUGCUUCUCUGUCAAUUGAUAACGACACGAGGGAAGAUGUCACAUUCUCAGAAUCAGAUAUUGAAUCAUUGAAUUGAUGGAGUUCAUAAUAAUUAUAUUUAUGUGACUAGAGACCGACAUUAAAGAUACCAAACAGAUAAAAA